UUUUGUUGAGUAAGGAUGUUGACCAACAACCAGACGGAUGGCCACUCGCCCUCCUGGUGCAGACAGCAACAGUUUGAUGGUGACAGUGCCUACGUGGGGAUGAGUGACGGAAACCCAGAGCUCCUGUCAACCAGCCAGACCUAUAACAGCCAGAGUGAGAGCAACGAAGACUAUGAGAUCCCUCCAAUAACACCUCCCAACCUCCCUGAGCCAUCUCUCCUGCACCUGGGGGACCACGAAGCCAGCUACCACUCGCUGUGCCACGGGCUUACACCCAACGGUCUUCUCCCUGCCUACUCCUACCAGGCCAUGGACCUCCCGGCUAUCAUGGUGUCCAACAUGCUGGCCCAGGACGGCCAUCUGCUCUCAGGCCAGCUGCCCACGAUCCAGGAGAUGGUGCACUCGGAGGUCGCUGCCUAUGACUCCAGCCGGCCAGGACCUCUGCUGGGUCGCCCCGCGAUGCUGGCCAGCCACAUGAGCGCCCUCAGCCAGUCCCAGCUCAUCUCCCAGAUGGGCAUCCGGAGCAGCAUCACCCACAGCUCCCCGUCACCCCCAGGGAGCAAGUCGGCGACCCCCUCUCCCUCCAGCUCCACGCAGGAGGAGGAGUCUGAAGCACAUUUCAAGAUCUCAGGAGAGAAGAGACCUUCUGCAGACCCAGGGAAAAAGGCCAAGAACCCAAAGAAAAAGAAGAAGAAGGACCCCAAUGAGCCCCAGAAGCCCGUGUCGGCCUACGCACUCUUCUUCAGAGACACUCAGGCUGCCAUCAAGGGGCAGAACCCCAGUGCCACCUUCGGAGAUGUGUCCAAAAUCGUGGCCUCCAUGUGGGACAGUUUGGGAGAGGAGCAGAAGCAGGCCUACAAGAGGAAGACUGAAGCAGCCAAGAAGGAGUAUCUGAAAGCUCUGGCAGCCUACAGGGCUAGCCUUGUCUCCAAGAGCCCCCCGGACCAAGGCGAGACCAAGAGCACUCAGGCAAACCCCCCCGCCAAGCUGCUGCCCCCCAAGCAGCCCAUGUACUCCAUGCCGGGCCUGGCCUCCUUCCUCACGCCCUCUGACCUGCAGGCCUUCCGGAGCGGGGCCUCUCCCGCCAGCCUCGCCCGGACACUGGGCUCCAAGUCCCUGCUGCCCGGGCUCAGCGCGUCCUCACCGCCACCGCCUUCCUUCCCGCUCAGCCCCCCCCUGCACCAGCAGCUGCCCCUGCCACCCCAUGCACAGGGUGCCCUCCUCAGCCCACCUGUCAGCAUGUCCCCGGCCCCCCAGCCUCCCGUCCUGCCCACACCCAUGGCGCUCCAGGUGCAGCUGGCCAUGAGCCCCUCGCCUCCAGGGCCACAGGACUUCCCGCACAUCUCUGAGUUCCCCAGCGGCUCGGGACCCCGCUCACCUGGGCCAUCCAGCUCCACGAGCAGCGGGGACUGGGACAGCAGCUACCCCAGCGGGGAGUGUGGCGUUGGCACCUGCAGCCUGCUCCCCAGAGACAAAUCGCUCUACCUCACCUAAUCCCGCCUCCCUCCCCUCCCCGAGGCUGGCUGGAAGGGCAUGUCAGAGCCAGGAGGGCUGCCCACAGCAGAGAGGCCGUGGCAGGAGGCAGGGUGACCGGCCAGCAUAGCAGUGACACACCCCUGCCCUGGGCUGAGUCUCUUCCUCGACCUCCCGCCAGACUCUGCAGAGGCAGCCCGCUGCCCGGCGCCCGCCGGAAGAACCUGCAGGAACCUUCUGCCCGCUGACCUGCUUGCUCCAGGGUCACCGCGGACCCCGCUCCUCGCCCUGCACACAGUCCCCUCUGUCUGGACGUCUGACCCCAGCCCAAGCUCACUGGGCCGCCCUGCCGGGGUCACUGACCAACAGAAACUCGCCCCAAGAUGCGCGGCCAGGGGCCGGCCCAGCCACAGACGCGCAGGUUUUCCAGUGUGAACUAAAGAUCCCGAGCCCCACGAAUUGUGGGCUCCGUGUAAGUAGUCAACUAAGUGUUUUAGAACUGUGCUGAAGACAUCUGUAAGAUUAUUUUGUGGGGGAAGAGAAGUAGUUUCCUUUAAGGUACAAAGCGUUUUAUAUGACCCUUAGCGCAUCGUUUUUCAGUUUUCUCUUGAGGGAGACGUGCACACAGCAGCUGUCACAGGGUCUCUCCAUGCGCACCUGAGAACCGGACAAUGUCUAGCCCCACCGGGAAGCAUUCCCCUUUAUUUUUUUGUAAACCAUAUGUCCACCUAUUUAAAAUUGCCAGCAACAAUUUUAUUUCUUUUUGUCUAGCUAUUUAUGAAGAAAACUUGAGAACAAAGUUGCAGUUUAUCCUAACGUGUGCGUGGUUUGGGGUUUGGUUUUGGUUUUGGUUCUUGGCGUCGUUUGCAGCUGUAUCCUGGCCCGGCAAAUGUCUGUCUUGGUGCCCGGUCCUUCUCUCAAACUCUCUUUAUAAUAAAACUUCUGAAAAGUUG